CAGACUCAUUUCAAACUACCCCGCCGCUCCGCCUCGACCCUCCCCUCCUCCCCAAUCCCGCGCCCUUCCACCCUCCCGCCGAAAGCCCAGCCCGGAUGGCGUCUCUAGAAGGCGACCGGUGGUCGGAGAUCGUGGCCAGCGGCCGUGCCCGGCCGCCCCGCGUUGGCGUCGUGUACGGUCGUCGCCUGGUCGAGGAAUCGUCCGGCAGGGCCAACAUGGAAACGAGAGCCAGCUUCAGUGGCCUGCGGCGCCCGAGCUUCGUGCCGCGCAAGCGAACCAGCUGGAACCGGUCGCUUUCCAUCAGAGGGAGAGAGAGUAUCUUCGUCGCACCUGGUGCAAAUCUUCAACAGAAACCAUGUGAAGCAAUGAAACGACCACCGAAACCGUGCAACCGAAAGAAACGUCUGGGUGGCCCUCCUGAUUUGAGCAAGGAGAAGGCAUAUUUUGAAGAGAUCGAUGCUUUUGAUCUUAUGGAAGAAAGUCCUUCUCCUAAGAACUUUGCCUCGUGGACCAAAGGAAUGGGGCAGAAUCUCAUAAUUCAUGAUCUGCCUGCAAUAUUGGAGAGAUGGAAAAUUUCUACCCUUGCAAGACGUGUGUCAUCUGAGCCCUUGUUUGACAUUGUGGAGACGCCAAUCUUACCAUCAGUCCUCAGUAACAGCAGUACAUCUAACAACGGGUCAGAGACAUACACCGCUGGAAGGGCAAUCUCUGUAAGCUACACUGAUAUCAGUUUAAAGAGCAUUGCAGAAGACAGUCUGAUUACAUCAUUCGGUAAAGUGAAGAUUAAGGAAGAGCCUGUUGAAGCCAGCAUUCCAUGGAAUGGUGAAGCUCUGACUGCUUUUGAUCAGCUCCUCAUGGUUUGCAGGCAGUCUGCACCAGUUACACUGGCAGAAGUAUUCUCUGCUUAUUGUGAGCUAGGCAGCAUCAAGAAGCUUGGUGAAGGGACCUAUGGGGAGGCCUAUAGGGCUGGAAGAACUGUGUGCAAAGUGGUACCUUUUGACGGAGACUUGUUAGUCAAUGGAGAAAGCCAAAAGAGAUCGGAAGAAAUACUUGAGGAAGUCUUACUUUCUCUAACGCUUAAUAAUCUGAGAGCAGACCGGGGUGGUGAUGUUAAAACAAAUUCAUGCAAUGGCUUCAUUGAGACAAAAGACUUUCGAGUUUGUCAGGGGCCAUAUGACCCUUUUCUGAUUAGUGCUUGGGAAGACUAUGAUGCGAAACGUGGAUCUGAAAAUGACCAUCCAAAGGAGUUUACAAGGGAACAGUGCUACAUUGUCUUUGUUCUAGCUGAUGGUGGCACUGAUCUUGAAAGUUUUGCUCUAGUUGAGUAUAAUGAGGUUCACAGUUUACUGGUUCAGGUUACUGCUUCCUUAGCAGUAGCUGAAAGUGCUUGUGAAUUUGAACAUCGAGAUCUGCACUGGGGUAACAUUCUUUUGGCUCAAGAGGAAACUCCAGAUACAAAUCAUACAAUGAGCUUCACUCUUCAAGGGAAGAGGAUGCAUGCAAGAACUUUUGGUCUGAAUGUCUCUAUAAUCGACUUCACUCUUUCUCGGAUCAACACAGGAACUGCCAUUCUUUUUCUUGACCUGUCUGCGGACCCUGCACUAUUUCAAGGGAAAAAGGGAGAUAAACAGGCAGAAACAUAUCGAAGAAUGAAACAAAUCACCCAGGAACACUGGGAGGGCAGCUUCCCGAAGACAAACGUGGUGUGGUUAAUCUACCUUGUAGAUAUGGUGCUACAGAAGCUGAAAUCACCUGCUCAUGGCAACAAAAUCGAGCGGGAGCUUCGCUCGCUCAAGAAACGCCUGGCGUCUUACGAGUCCGCUGGAGAUUGUCUACGCGACCCCUUCUUCGCUGAUGUGUUGCUGAUCGAGGAUGACCAGGUCCCUUCAAUGCCUCCUCUGUAGGUGGAUAUGCGAACCGGCAGAUCGAGGGUGUUUGGGUUUUAGGGUUGUGUUAUUUAUGACCACUGAAACACCUGACGUGUAGAGAACGCAAUGCCUGAGGCACGCAAGAGAGCUUACUGUUGCCCGGCCGCCUUUUGUAACUACUCGUUACUCGUAUAACUGAUCACGUUGGUGCUGGCUGGUGGCUGGGUUCGUUGUC